AUGGCCUCGAUCCCGAUAGCAAUCAUUGGCAUGAGUUGCAGGUUUGCAGGUGAUGCAACAAGUCCCGAAAAACUGUGGAAGCUCUCAGCCGAGGGAGGUACGGCUUGGAGUGAGGUCCCAGCUUCCAAGUUCAAUCUCAAAGGCGUCUACCACCCUAAUGGCGAGAGAGCUGAAACCACGAAUGUUAUUGGCGGGCACUUUCUCAAAGAUGAUGUCGCCGGUUUUGACGCAGCCUUUUUUGGAUUCCCCGCCGAUCUUGCCUCUUGCAUGGAUCCUCAAUACAGACUGCAGCUAGAGGGCACAUACGAGGCUUUGGAGAGCGCCGGACUCACCCUUGACGAUGUUGCUGGCUCGAACACAUCCAUGUAUGCUGGAGCUUUCUUCAGAGAUUAUCAGGACGCUCAGCUCCGUGAUCCGUUGACAUUGCCCCGUCAACAAAUGCUGGGUGUUGGUGCGGCAAUGGCUGCGAACAGACUGUCGCAUUUCUUCGAUCUCAGAGGACCCAGCAUGGCCAUCGACACUGGAUGCUCUACUACUCUCACUGCACUACAUCAAGCAUGUCAGAGUCUACGAACCGGCGAGAGCGACAUGAGCAUUGUCGGUGGUGCGAAUGUCAUGAUCAACUCUGACAUAUUCGUUACCAUGUCUUCAUUGCACUUCCUCUCGCCUGAGGGCCGAUGCUUUGCUUUCGACAGUCGAGCCGGUGGUUAUGGUCGCGGCGAGGGCUCCGCCACCAUCAUCGUCAAGCGACUGGACGAUGCCUCGAAGAAUGGAGAUCCCAUUCGAGCUAUCAUCAGAAACACAGGCCUGAACCAAGACGGCAAGACCGAAACGAUCACGGCACCUAGCGCUCUGGCGCAAGAAGCACUCAUUCGUGAGGUGUACUCGAAAGCUGGGCUGGACCCUGCUGAGACGAGAUUCUUCGAGGCACACGGCACAGGCACUCCGACAGGAGAUCCUCUCGAGAUUUCUGCCAUUUCCUCGGUGUUUUCGUCUCACAGAAGUGCCAGUGAUCCGCUGUUCAUUGGAUCCGUCAAGACCAACAUCGGCCACACUGAGACUUCUUCUGGUCUGGCUUCGAUCAUUCGGACCACUCUCGCGAUGGAGAAGGGACAGAUUCCGCCUAGUGGAACUUUCAAGCAGGCCAACCCAACCCUUAAACUUGACGAGAGAUUCAUCAAGGUUCCUGAGGCGGUUCAAGAAUGGCCUGACGUCAAUGGUGUUCGAAGAGCCUCGGUGAAUAACUUUGGUUACGGAGGUGCCAACGCUCACGUCAUCAUGGAGAGCUAUCCUUCGUUCCUUGCCUCACACAAGAGUAUCAAGGGCUCCGAGCCAGCCAUGAACGGCUGGCACGAUUCUCUGCACUCCCGUGUUCUCAUGCUAAGUGCAAAAGACGAACAGGCUGUUUCGAAGAUGGCUGUCGAUCUCAAAGAGUACCUCGAAUCUUCUGACAUACAGGAUGAGCAUGAUCUUGUGGACAAUCUGAUCUAUACUCUAGGUCAACGCCGCACCAUCUUCCCAUGGCGCAUAGCAUUGCCUAUUACCGGCACUGCUCAUCUGACCAGUGUUCUGCAAGGCCCCCAAGCAAAACCAAAGAAAGCUCUGAGCUCCAGAAGCAAGAUUGGUUUUGUGUUUACUGGACAGGGUGCUCAAUGGUUUGCCAUGGGUCGUGAGCUGAUCGCCGCUUAUCCUGUGUUCAGGUCAGCUAUCAUGAACUGUGAUCAGUUCCUGCAGAGAGCCGGCGCCGAGUGGUCAUUGCAAGAGGAGCUGAUGAAAGAUGCGGAGACUUCACUGGUCAACCAGCUGGCGAUGAGUACCCCGUUGAGCGUCGCUGUCCAGAUUGCAUUGGUCGAGCUGCUCAAGGACUGGGGCAUCAAUCCAACUGCGGUCACAAGUCACUCGAGUGGUGAAGUGCCUGCAGCUUACGCUGCUGGGGCCAUAUCGAUGCGCACCGCCAUGGAGAUCUGCUAUGCUCGUGCCAAACAUGCCGGUCAAAAGGUCCCAGGCUUAGGCAAGGGUGGCAUGAUUGCCAUAGGUCUUGGCCCAGAUGCUGGACAGAUCUACCUCGACCGCCUGACCAAAGGACGUGUCGUGAUUGCGUGUUUUAACAGUCCCACCAGCAUCACUGCGUCGGGUGACUACGACGCUAUCGAAGAGCUGGAAGGUCUCUUGAAGGACGACAAUGUCUUCGCUCGCCGUUUGAGGAUUGACUGUGCUUACCACUCUCACCACAUGAAGGCAAUCGCUGAGCCUUACUACGCAUGGCUUGAUCGUGUCAUGAAGCCCCAAGACAGCAUGGACGAGAACGUUGUCUUCUCCUCGCCAACCACUGGCAAGCGAGAAUACUCUGGCCUCCAGAUCAGCAGCGCUCAGCAUUGGGUAGACAGUCUCACGCGUCCCGUCUCGUUCACCCAAGCCUUCAAGAACAUGUGCUUCGAGACCGCAGAUAGCACUACAAGCUGCAUUGACACACUCAUCGAGGUAGGUCCGCAUGCUGCACUUUCAGGGCCCAUUCAGGACAUCAUCUCGGAGCCGGAAUUCAAAUCGUCGACCAUUGACUAUUUCCCUACUCUUGUGCGCAAGAGCAACGCAAUCACUACCAUGCAGGACCUGGCUUGUAACCUGAUCAAGGCUGGCCACCCUGUCAACAUGGAGGCUGUGAACUUCCCAUUCGGCCGACCUUCGACGACUCGCGUGCUUUUCGAUCUGCCAAGCUAUCCUUGGAAUCAUACAGUCAAGCACUGGGGUGAGCCAAGACUGAACAAAGCUCUCCGUGACCGUUCACACGAGGUCCAUGACUUGCUUGGCGCAUUUGUGCCUGGAACCAAUACGACCGCACCGUCAUGGCGACACAUUAUCCGCCUGGCUGAUGUUCCCUGGCUGUUCGAUCACGUAGUCCAGACAGAUAUCAUCUAUCCUGGUGCUGGUUUCCUUUGCAUGGCCAUCGAAGCGGCUGGCCAGCUGGCGCGCGACGAGAACAAACAGAUUCUCGGAUACGAACUUCGCGAUGUGUAUAUGCCACAAGCACUCUUGGUGCCUGAUGAUCCGAAGGGUGUCGAAGUUCAGCUGACCUUGAGACCUUGUCCAGACAAAGCUCUAUACUCUCAUGGGUGGAAAGACUUCACCCUGUGCUCUGUGAACCAUGACAGCGAAUGGCUCGAGCAUUGCAAGGGUCGCAUUUUGACCGUCUUGAAGCCUGCCGCUUCUGCAUCUGGUUCUGACGACGUUUCCUUCAUGGAGAGCAGAAAAGCCAACUUCGGCGAUGACGAAGAUUAUUGGAAGCAGGUCGACAUUCAGGACUUUUACUCAACGGUCCGACUGACUGGAAUCCAUCAUGGACCAAACUUCCAAGGCUUGCAAUCCAUCCGCACGCGCCAGAGAAAAUCUCUUACGACAAUUGAGGUCGCAGACACAGCCGCCACCAUGCCUCAGCAGCACGAGCAUGCUCACACCAUUCACCCGACCACCUUGGACACGUUGUUCCAGACUUCAUACAGCGCCUACAUGGCUACCCCUGAAUCUGGAUUCAAGCUGUCCAAGCCUCUUGUGCCUCACACCAUCAAAAGAUUGAGAUUGACUGAGAACCCAUAUGCGAAGGCCCACUGUGAGCUUAAAGCUUACAGCGACAUCAGCGCAGCCAACAUGGAGGGCUACACUGCCGAUAUUUCGCUCUUCCCAUCAGACGUCAAUGCUAAGGGAAAGCCCAUUGUCGCGAUUGAAGGGUUCAGCUUCAAGUCAAUUGGCACUGCUAUGACACAAAAGCCUACCGAUGUCCACGAUCUUGACAAACUCGCUGCUGUCGAAUGGAAGAGAGAUCUUGAUCUCGUCGAUCUCAAGACGAUCAAACAAGAACUCGAGACGCCGUUUGAGCCCGAGGAGCAAGCGAUCGUGCUCAAGCUGGCUCGUGUCUCGCUGCACUACAUCGCUGAUACGGUGGCUGCUCUCUCCCAAGAUAAUGUUUCUCAGCUCGAGUGGUACCACAGCAAGUACUUGACUUGGAUGAAGGCCCAGCUGAAUAGAGCUGCCAUCAAUGAGCUUGGCCCUGAUAGUUCGACUUGGUUGGAUGACUCAGCUGAAGUUCGUGCCAGCCUUGCAGCUGAAGUACGCACUGAAAGUGUCGAUGGCGAGAUGAUCUGCCACUUGGGUCCGAAUCUACUGGGCAUUCUUCGUCACGAGGUCACUCCGCUCGAACUCAUGAUGGAGGAUGGACUGCUGAAUCGUUACUACGAGAAUGCCCUGAAGUGGGAUCGCUCGAGUCGAAAGUUUGCUCAGCUGGUCAAACAUGCCACGACCAAGAACCCGCGUGCUCGUAUCAUCGAAAUAGGUGGUGGUACUGGCUGUGCGACGAAGCAUGUUCUGGAUGUUCUCGGAUCAGAGGAUUCUGAUAUUGGAUGCCAGGCCGAGCUGUAUGACUUUACAGAUAUCUCGAACGGCUUCUUCGAGGCCGCCAGAAAGAAGUUUAACGACUGGCCAAACGUCAUGCGCUUCAAGCGUUUGGAUAUCGAGGAUGACAUCACCAAGCAGGGCUUUGAAGAAGAGUCUUACGAUAUCGUCAUUGCCUGUCAAGUCCUCCAUGCUACCAAGAACAUGCAGCAUACUAUGCGCAAUGUCAGGAAAUUGCUGAAGCCCAACGGCCGUCUCUUCCUUUUCGAGACGACCCAAGACCCUCUUGCAUUGCUCAUGACCUUUGGUCUACUUCCUGGAUGGUGGCUCAGUGAGGAGAAAGAGAGACACUCCAGUCCAUCUCUGUCCAUAAACAUGUGGGAUCGUGUCCUACGUGACUCCGGAUUUGGUGGUAUCGACGUUGAGAUUCCUGAUUGUGAUGACGACGACUUUUACAACUUCAGCACCAUCAUGUCUACUGCCUCGCCCGCUGAGCCACCUGCAUUCGAUGCCGACAUCACGAUCGUGACGAAUGGAGACGAGGCUCCUUCUGCUUGGGUUCAAUCGCUCCAGUGUAAAGUCCAGAGCAUCACCGGUAGCCUGCCUAGUGUUCAAGAUGUUGCCACCGUCGAUGCCCAGGGCAAGGUCUGCAUCUUUGUCGGCGAGCUCGGUAGAAACAUCAUGGAAGCGCCGACACCCGAGCAAUUCGCGGGUAUCAAGACCAUCGCCACGCAGUCCAAGGCCAUUCUGUGGGCGACCAGAGGUGGUCGUGUGGAUGUGGUUGAUCCUUCCGCUAGCGCCAGCUUGGGCUUCAAUCGUGUGGUCAGAGAAGAAUACUCUGGAAAACGAGUCGUCAACAUCGAUUUUGACCCUUCUCGCGAUUCAUGGUCUGAGUCUUCCAUCGCGAUUAUCGGCAAGCUGUACCAGACUGCUUUCGACAUGUCCAAGACGCUCACCGACUUCGAAUAUGCUGAGGUCGACGGCGAGAUCUUCAUUCCGCGCUACUACAAAGAUGGAGGCCGUAACACUGAGCUGUUCAAGACUCGUGGAGACGAUUUCGUGACCAAGGAGGAAGUUUUCAAUCAAGCGCAUCGUUCCCUUCGCCUCAGUAUUGGUACCCCUGGUCUUCUUGAUACCCUCGCGUUCAUCGACAACGAUCAACAUGAGACGCAGCUUCCUGACCACCAUGUCGAGAUCAGACCCUGCACAUUCGGUGUCAACUUCAGAGAUGUCAUGACCGCGAUGGGCCAAUUGAACAACAAUAUCCUCGGCUUCGAGUGUGCUGGUAUUAUUACUCGGGUCGGACCUGUAGCAGCAGCCAAAGGUUUCAAAGCAGGUGAUCGCGUAGCCUCGCUACUCAGGGGUCACUACGCCAACUUGGUUCGCACAGAGUGGUCGAACACUGUUCACAUACCCGAAACCAUGUCUUUCGAAGAGGCAGCUUCGGUACCAAUGGCUUUUGCAACAGCCUGGAUCUCGCUCUAUGAUCUUGGACACCUGCAGUCGAGUGAUAGCGUUCUGAUCCACGGCGCCUCCGGUGGUGUUGGUCAGGCUGCUGUUCUACUCGCACAACACACAGGGGCCGAGGUGUUUGUUACGGUCAGCGCUCAAGAAAAGAGGGAUCUGGUCAAGCAAAGGUUCGGUAUCGCUGAUGACCAUAUCUUGUCCAGUCGUGACGCUUCUUUUGCCGAUGGCAUCAUGUCAAUGACGCAGAACCGUGGUGUCGAUGUCGUGGUCAAUCACCUUGCUGGUGCUCUCCUGCAAGCCAGUUUCGACAGUCUCGCUCGCUUUGGCCGCUUCGUUGAGAUUGGCAAGAAGGAUGUCGAGGCCAACAACUUCUUGCAGAUGGAAGCAUUUACCCGCAAUGUGACCUUCUCGUCCUUUGACUUGCUGCAGUUCGAAGAGUACCGUCCCGAACAGACUCACAAAGCUCUGAAGGGCAUCAUGGACCUGCUCCAGCAAAAGCAGGUCCGCACCAUCGAGCCGAUCAAUUCAUACCCUCUGUCGGAUUUGGAAAAGACUUUCCGUCUCAUGCAGGCGGGUAAGCAUAUCGGCAAGAUCGUUCUCUCGCUGGAGUCAGGAGUGCAAGUUCCAGUCUUGCAACGUCGCGGUGUCGUGCGCCUUCAAUCCGAUGCUUCUUAUCUAAUCGUAGGUGGGCUUGGCGGUAUCGGAAGGUCUAUCUGUCACUGGAUGGCCGACCACGGAGCCAAGCACAUUGCUGUCUUGUCGAGAAGUGCAGCAGCUAGUGGUAACUCGGGAGCUUUCAUCAGAGAGCUCGCCUCUACCGGAGUGACCAUAACGCCUAUUGCCUGUGAUGCCUCUGAUGCCGAAAAGCUUUCGAGCGCCAUCACCCAAUAUGAGUCGCAAAUGCCCGAGAUCCGUGGAGUGAUUCAAGGAGCUAUGGUCCUCGCAGAUGCUGUCGUGGAGCAGAUGAACGUCGAGAACUACACCAAAGCAGUUCGCCCCAAGAUCCAAGGAAGCUGGAACCUACACAACAUCUUCAACCACGCCGACAUCGACUUCUUCGUCAUGCUGUCCUCGCUAGCCGGUGUAGCCGGAACAGUCAGUCAAGCCAACUAUGCAGCAGGCAACACAUACCAAGACGCACUCGCAAGAUACCGCGUCAACAACGGCCUCCACGGCGCAACCAUAGACCUCGGCGUCAUCAAAAACGUCGGAUACCUCGUAGACCACCGAGACCAACUCGAGCGUCUACGCAAACAAGGCUUCCACGUCCUGGACGAAGAAGACGUCCUCGCGACCAUCGAGUCUGCCAUCUCCUCCUCGCCGCGCAACCAAAUGCUGCUCGGUGCCAAUGGAACCAAUCUCGAUGAAUCAAAGGACGCACGUUUCUGGUCUAUCCCUCGUCGACCCAAGACUUCUGCUGCAGGCUCCGCCGUCAAGACCGUCUCCAGCGAUUUGGGCGCUGCAAUGAUGGCAGCCACAUCCAUCGCUGACGCCGUGGAUAUCGUUGCAUCGGCGUUGGUACAGAAACUCGCUGACAUUUUCAUGUUGGAUGCUGCAGAGAUUUCGCCAUCGAGCUCUGUGGUGGAGCUUGGUGUGGACUCGCUUGUUGCUGUCGAGUUGAGGAAUUUGCUGGCUUUGAGGGCUGGUGCUCAGGUUUCUAUUUUUGAUAUUAUGCAGAGUACUUCUUUGCUUGGAUUGUCGGAGAAGGUUGUGAUGAAGAGCACCUUUAUGGAUGCGAGUGCUUUGUCAUAG